CGUAAUGUCUUCCAGAGUCCCGGGAAUUUGAGUCAAGGUCAUUAAUAUUACGUCUUCAUUCUUUCGCUUUAUAGGUAUGAUUGUAGGUUGCCCUUUUUCCGUAAGUACUUUCGUGUACUUCGAAUAGCAGCACAAGUUACUACUUACCACUCCUUCAAUGCGUAGCAUUCUAAUCCUGCACGUUUCUUUUAUUCAUCCUAUUUAGAUAUAAUUGUAGCUGAUCGGACUGCUGUUGCUCAACGAUAGUACUUCUUUUAGGGUUCAUUAAAAAGUCUUGUGAAAGUAGAAUAAAAUUCGAACUGUCGCUGGCCGUACGCUAUACUAUUCGUGUGUUUUUCGUCCGUAAUACUUUUGAACACUGAACACAUCUAUUUCACAGAAUACCUGAAGAAAAAUGAGCGUGCUUCUGUUUAUCCCAAAUAUACUUGGUACGAAACGUUCAUCUAUGUCACUUUUUAUGUGGUAAAUUUUUUUGCGUACUUGGAAUACUAUAAGAAGUAAUAUUUUAUCAGAUCUUCAUUGCCUACAUUUUCUUUUUAUAUUUCUAUUUUAUAUGUGUACCAUUGCAUUUCGUGGGUGGUAGUUACUGCUUUUAUAUGUGGUCUAGAUGUUUGUUAUAGAACUAAUACGAAUUUUCAUAUAGUUUCCAACGUCCGAUCUGCUAAAUGCUAGUAGUUUUCUCAUUCUUCACUUAGUUCCUAUUAUAGUAUAAGCUGCUUGCCUUCACACUAUAGAUUUUUCGGGUAAAUAUCUUUGCCGGCAUUUUGAGUCCGAGUUGUUCACUGGCAGAUUAUUCUUUCACCCUUAUUUCAUCGACACGUGGAUUGGGUCUUCACGAGCGGAUUGAAAUGUGCUAGUAAUCUUUCGGUACAUCAAUACACGCGAAACAUACAAGCUAAUGAUCCAUAGUUUUGAAUUUUUGCCGCGUUUUGCUUUGUAAUAAUCAUCAGGAGUCUUUCUUUUUUUGUUGUUUUGUUACCACAGCAUAGGAACCUAGAAAAUACGUUAGAUAGGAAGCAUUGUGUUUAUAGUCUUUUAAGUGUUUUUGGAAACGUUUCACCAGAGUUCUCAAGCGUCACUCUAACCUAUAUCAAAUUGGACAGUUUUUUUUCAAAAAUAGCCACAAAAAAGCAGCCAGGUUUCAUGUAACCUGCUUGUCUCAACACUGAACUACAUGUAGGCAGAUUGAUGGUGUUAGAGGAACUGUCAUCGCCAUCUCAUAUUUUCACUCUAGAGAUCUUGGUGGCUAACAUUUGUGUUAUACUUGAUUGCAACAUAUAUCCAAAAGAAAUAUAAUAAAACAUAGGUUCAGUUAUUUUUCGUAAUGAGUAGUCCUUGAACACCUACUCUGAUUGCAUGCUUUUAGGCAUUUACUAUUGUUAUUAUGAGUCUUAUCUCUAAUGUAGUUUUGACAAAGAAAUCUUUUGGAAAUUGCCAAAAACUAAUGAUUCGAAUAGUCUUAUGGCGAGUGAACGGUUCAGUGAUGAAAUCUCUUAAAAUAUUGCAUUCAAGGAGUCGUAUCAUAGUAAAUAUAUGUAUUUCUUUGCAAUAAUCUAUACCUUUUUGUGAUUAGAAUCGCAAACUUAUUUUGGAAACAGAUAUAUAUGAAUAAGGUAAACAGGCAGAUUUGACAAGUGCUUUGAAUGUUUUCCAGAGCUUUUAGCAAGAAGACUACUUAUAGGAUCCAAAUGGUCGUGACAUGAAAGGACGUAGUGCGGCUGGUAAUAUCUAAGCCCGCAUAGGUUAUUCUAGCCUUUGAACAGACCAAUCUAUUCAUUCUUCUUAAGCCGCAUUUCUACCCUGUCACCUAUUCGCUCAUUAACUCUGACUGUUUUUUAUAUGAUUGCAUAUGUGUCAAUUACUUACCCUAUUCAUUACGAACUUACUUAAUUACGCUUGUUACUCCUUGUGGAGGAGCGUAGGCCGCACACAAGCAUUCUCCAUCAAACACUGUUUUGAGAAACUUAUUUUUGCUUGACUGUAAGUAUCGAUUCACGUUUUGUUGAAUCGAGUGGGCUCACAUGCCUUCUCCGAUUCGUUCCGCUUCGCUCUCUCCUCUCCGCCUUCGCUUUGUUUUUUCUGAUCGUCUGUCUGGAUCGACGAGCGUAUAAAGUAUACGUGUUCAAAAUCUAUUUUCGUAUUUCAAUUAUUUAUUUAGGUCAUUUACUAACGCAAUGUAAGUCAAUAAAAAUAUACGAGGGUGGCCGGGAUGUAUUGUAGGGGCUGGUCCUAUGUUACGGCCACAUAACUUAUUCUAGAAUUCGAACAAACCAAUUUAUUCAUUCAUGUUGAAUCACAGUUUGACCUUGUUAGUUAUUUGCUUGUCAACCUUGACUUUCUAUAUAAGUUUGUGUGCAUUUCUUAUCUUACUCAUCAAAUAUCUGCAACUUAUUUUCGAACUAUAAAUAUUGAGUCACGUGUGAUAAAAACGAGUUGGGUCACUCGCCUUUUCCAUUGCACGUCAUUUUGUUUUGUUUCGCUUUCCGAUGAACGAUUGUACGAAAUAUACGUUUCCAAAAAUCUAUUCUCGUAUUUGACUUAUUUGAUUCCGCUAUUCAUCAACGUGAUUUAAGUCGAUAAUUAUAUUCGAGGAUUGAAGAUAUGUAUAAGUGGAUAUUAAGCAGUGAGCGUUCUACCUGGAGUCAUGUCGGGCCAAGAAAGUACAUUUUGAUUAAAGUCGUCCAUAUGAUGGAACUGGAGACAAAUACAAUGCCACAAAAGGAUGGCCGAGACUGUGGAUCAGGCAAAACCAAACUUCGAUAUAAUAAGGAUAUGAGAUCAAAACAUGACCGUUAUUUUCGAUGCCUCACUAUCACUUUAUUGGUUGAUAGAUAAAAGGGCAUCCAUUUUAUUAAAUCAUAAUCUGAUCAUAUCCACCUUCCACAAGUCACCUUCGAAUAAUCGAGAUCGACAUACGUUCUACUAUUAUAGUGGUUGAAUGUUGGUUGUUUUGUCUUCCGGCAUCUGUAGGCUUUCGUCAACGACUCUGUGUUGUGGGCAAAUGGCCAUAUAUUAUUGCAUACUAUAAACCGACGAUUGAUUUUCGCCUAAUAAUUAAAGAAUCCCUAAGUACUUGCUAAUUGCAAGGAGUGAAAUCCUAAUCUCCAACAAUAUAGUAAUUCAUGCUACCUGUCGUAUUUACUGUAGAACGUAGUCCGAACGUGUCGUCCUGCAUUAGGAUAAUGGGAAGAAAUUAACAUGAUGUGGAACUUUUAGGAAAAUAAUCUCAAAUGCAAUUAAGAUGUAAACAUAGGAAGUAUAGUUCUCAGUCAACAAGUGAAAUCAUAUGAUACAAAGUGUAGAAUAAUAAUAAAUUCAAUAUCUAGGUUUGACAAAGAUGAAACGUGGAUAGAAUCGCAGCAAAAACUAGGAGUACUUAUCCAGAUACCUUCCACAGGUUAUUUGUUCGUAAUAAGGAAGGACUAAAACUUGCUGAUGCUCAGGUUAAACUGGAAAUUUUAUUCUGAAUCCCAACAAUUACUGUGUUGAAUUACUUCGACUAGCCAUUAAGAAAGAUAAACUCAUGCCGUCUUACUUGAUUAUUUACUCAGUUCAGUUAAUCAAUCGCAAUCACCGUUUAUAUAUAUAUAUAUAUAUAUAUAUAUAUAUAUAUAUAUAUAUUGCUUCAAUAAUUCUUCGUUGUGUCUUAAGUAAUUUGAAGUUUGUAGAAAUAUUCAACAUUUCACAAUUCUACAGUUUACUUUUGUUCACUAAUUCUUUAUGAGGGAAGAAUAUCAAAUGAACGACAUAGCUGUCGUGGACUUUUACCAUUGUUUAAAGGUAUAUUUGGUACUGUUGUAGAAAUCGUUUAAAUUAUUCCAUGACGCGAUGACAUUCAGUGUGUUAAACGAAUAUUUGACUGGGAGUGGAAAAGUUUGAGUUGUAUUUUUUGCUUGUAAAUAAAAAAGAAAUAUAGAAAAAGUAGGACAUAUCUUAUGGUGUUAAUUUGAUCUGAUUUUUGAAGGUUACAUACGAAUCGUACUUCUGUUUCAAGCAUGUUAUUUUAUGAAAACUAAUUGUGAGCUAACUCUUCUAACGUACAUCAUUUCGUGUCUAUUGGAUGCGGUAGAUGGUUGUGCUGCACGCGCGCUAAACCAAAGUACGAAAUUCGGUGCUAUGUUGGACAUGAUUGUUGACCGAUGCUCGACAAUGUGUUUAUUGGCUUGUCUUACCUAUUUUUAUCCAUCAUACAUGCUUUUUUUUCAAUUCAGUAUGAUUGUGGACAUAGCUAGCCAUUGGUUACAUUUACACAGUUCUGUUUUAUCGGGAAAAUCAAGUCAUAAAUUUAUAGAUCUUAAAGCAAAUCGAUUUCUCAAAUUGUACUAUACAAAUAGGGUCAUUCUUUUCUUGAUGUGUGCAGGAAAUGAGCUUUUCUAUACAACGCUCUAUAUAUACCAUUUCUAUACUGGACCAAAAAUAUUUGCUUCGGGAUUAUGGGGCAUAGUGAUUUGUUUAACAGCACCAAUUGCAUUUCUGAAAAUGUUGAUUAGCCUCAUUCAGCUUCAUGCAGCUUGUAUGAAUAUGGUUUCACUGGAUGAACUAGAAAGAUCUCAGAAUAAAGCAGAUUAGUUACGUCUGCUGUUGUUAAUUCGAAAGAACGAGGUAUAUAUGUAUGACUAAAUAAAUACUAUUCCAGUUAAUAUAUGUCUAUAACAUUCCGUGUUUGAACUAACCUGAGUAAUUUUUAAGUACAUUAUUUCGUGUUGUAAGUCCCCUUGUAAUGUUUUUAUGAAUACUAAAAAGAUAACAAAUUUGUGAAACUGGUUCGAUGUUAAACUACUUUGCAUCCUCAAACUCACUCAUACUUUCAAUCAAUAUUACAGAAUUGCUUAUUUUCCCCUCGUAUAUUUGCUCUUACUGUUUGCUUGUUAUUUGCGUUGUUUUUAUUUUUGCAUUUCCUAUUUAUCUAUCAUCAGGUUAAUUCUAUUUUCUCUAAACUUUUGAACACAUUAAUUAUACUAUUAUUUGUAAUGUAUUACACAUGUCAUACCUAAUUUCAGUUAUGAAUUUUAUUAUUCACAUAAUGUUGUGUAGUUUACAAGUUUUCUAUCUCAACAAGUGCUUUACGUUGUAUUUAAUUUUAUUGUCCGUGAUAUAUUACAGCCUAAUAUUCUAUGUUUUUUUACCAUAGUUUUCAAGACGUUAGUAUUAAAACUAAUCUAACUGGACUGGACAAAAUGGCAUACUCCACUGGUAGGUUUCGUGCUGAACAGUCAAAGCGUACAGAUUACAUUUGUUGAUAGUAAUAUAAGAUGAUCAAAAUAAUUCAGCGUGAACUCUGAUCCCUGACUGAAAAUAAUCCAUUUAUCCUAGUAUGGGACAAAACAGCCGUCCAGUGCUUCCAGGGUUCCAAUGGUGGUC